UUGAGUCAGUUAGUAGCUGCGAGCUCGUUGUCUUGGUGAUUUUCUUUGUGAAUUAUCGCCGGUUAGUUGUAUGGUUUGCUCCAGCAGAGUAAACCGGAAACCUCGCAGGACGCUGGUUUGAAAUAUGAAGUCUUUAAAUCCGAGUUUUAUUUUUAUUUUCACUCUAGUCAGCUCAAGCGUUGGAUUCUACCUUCCGGGUUUAGCGCCAGUCAGUUUUUGCGAGAAAAACUCGAACGGAGAUCCGGGGGAAUGUCAGACUGAGAUACAGCUGUUUGUGAAUAGACUGGACUCUGUGGAAUCAGUCCUGCCUUACGAAUAUGAUGCGUUUAACUUUUGCAAAGACAAGGAUGAAAGAAGGCCCUCAGAGAACCUUGGGCAGGUGUUGUUUGGAGAAAGAAUAGAGACAUCACCUUACAAGUUUUCAUUUAAGGCUGACAAGGCAUGUGAGAGGGUCUGCACCAUAUCGUAUGAAACUACAAAAGAAGACAAGUUAAAGUUGGACUUUCUAAAGAGAGGAAUGGAGCUGAAUUACCAGCACCACUGGAUUGUUGACAACAUGCCCGUAACAUGGUGUUAUUUGGUGGAAGACAAUCAGAAAGUCUGCAACCCAGGAUUUCCCAUUGGAUGUCUAGUAAACCAAGAAGGAAACCCAAAGGACGCCUGUGUUAUCAAUGCUGAUUUCAACAGAAAGAACACUUAUUAUGUUUUCAACCAUGUGGACAUCACCAUAAUUUACCACAGUGAAGAUGAAACGACUGGGAUGGGUGCUCGACUUGUGGCGGCUACGCUGGAACCUAAGAGCAUCAAGCAUGCUGAUGAUAAUAAUCCAACAUGUGAAGGCGCUCCCAUGGACAUUCCAGCAGAUUCCAGCAGUAGUCUCAAAGUGACCUACACUUAUUCAGUUAAAUUUAAGCAAAAUAAUGAAAUUAAGUGGGCUUCUCGAUGGGAUUACAUUUUGGUUUCCAUGCCUCACAGCAACAUCCAGUGGUUCAGCAUCAUGAACUCUUUGGUUAUUGUGCUCUUCCUGUCUGGCAUGGUGGCCAUGAUCAUGCUUAGAACAUUGCACAAGGAUAUUGCCCGGUACAACCAGCUGGACCAGGCAGACUGGGUUAAGAUCCCUCCAGCUGCAAACAUUACCUAUGAGGAGGCCCAGGAGGAGUCUGGCUGGAAGCAGGUUCAUGGUGAUGUGUUUAGGCCACCCAAGAUGGGCAUGCUUCUGUCUGUCUUCCUCGGACAGGGCUGUCAGAUCUUCAUCAUGACCUUCAUCACCCUUUUCUUGGCCUGUCUAGGCUUCCUGUCUCCAGCCAACAGAGGGGCUCUCAUGACCUGUUCGGUGGUGUUGUGGGUUUUGCUUGGCACACCUGCUGGAUAUGUGUCUUCCAGACUCUAUAAGACUUUCGGUGGUGAAAAAUGGAAAACCAAUGUCCUUCUCACAGCCCUUUUGUGUCCUGGGAUUGUGUUUGUGGACUUUUUCCUGAUGAAUCUGAUCCUGUGGGUAGAGGGCUCCUCUGCUGCUGUUCCCUUUGGUACACUCGUGGCCGUCCUGGCGCUGUGGUUUGGCAUCUCUGUUCCUCUCACUUUUUUGGGUGCAUACUUCGGCUUCAAAAAACCAGGCAUCGAGCCUCCUGUGAGAACAAACCAGAUCCCACGCCAAAUUCCUCAGCAGUCAUUCUUCACCAAACCUGUGCCGGGCAUCAUCAUGGGUGGCAUCCUGCCCUUCGGCUGCAUCUUCAUCCAGCUCUUCUUCAUCCUCAAUAGCAUUUGGUCUCAUCAGAUGUAUUACAUGUUUGGCUUCCUCUUCCUGGUCUUCAUCAUCCUGCUCAUUACCUGCUCUGAGGCCACUGUUCUGCUCUGCUACUUCCAUUUAUGUGCAGAGGAUUAUCAUUGGUGGUGGCGAUCAUUCCUGACCAGCGGUUUCACGGCAGUGUAUCUGUUUGUCUACGCAGUGCAUUACUUCUACUCAAAACUACAAAUUAUAGGGGCAGCAAGCACCAUCCUCUACUUUGGCUACACCUCAAUCAUGGUGCUCAUUUUCUUCAUUUUCACAGGUACUAUAGGCUUCUUCGCCUGCUACUGGUUUGUAAAUAAAAUCUACAGUGUGCUGAAAGUGGACUAAGGGAAGGACCUUUUGGAGAUCACAUCAACUUUUUACAGAUCAGCUUUCAUGUGGAAGUUUGAAGAGACAUUUAAAUGAAGGGAGGAAUCAGACGAUACUUUUUUUCU